AUGGAGGCAUUCCAGAAUAUCAUCUCGAGUGCUGUGACAUUUGAGAGUCGUGUCCAGAAACACAGGGCUGGUCCAGAGCAGUCGCACCAAGUCGCACCGAGCAUUCUAGAUACAAUAAUGUGGCUGGGUGCCCCCCCUCCUGACUCCUCAUGCUGCUCCCUCUCUCUUUCCCUUACAGUGAAGGAGUUCCUAGCCAAAGCCAAAGAAGACUUCCUCAAGAAAUGGGAGAACCCCUCCCAGAACACAGCCAGUUUGGAUCAGUUUGAUCGAAUCAAGACCCUGGGCACGGGCUCAUUUGGGAGGGUGAUGCUGGUGAAACACAAAGAGACCGGGAAUCACUAUGCCAUGAAGAUCCUGGAUAAGCAGAAGGUAGUGAAGCUGAAACAAACUGAGCACACCCUCAACGAGAAACGGAUCCUCCAGGCCGUCAACUUUCCAUUCCUCGUCAAGCUAGAGUAUUCUUUCAAAGAUAACUCCAAUCUAUACAUGGUGAUGGAAUAUAUCCUGGGCGGGGAGAUGUUCUCCCACCUACGGCGGAUCGGGAGGUUCAGUGAACCUCACACCUGGUUCUACGCUGUUCAGAUUGUCCUGACCUUCGAGUAUCUGCACUCGCUGGAUCUCAUCUACCGAGACCUGAAGCCAGAGAAUCUCCUGAUGGACCAGCAGGGCUACAUCGAGGUGGCGGAUUUUGGUUUUGCCAAGCGGGUGAAAGGCCGAACCUGGACUCUGUGUGGGACCCCGGAAUACCUGGCCCCCGAGAUCAUCCUCAGCAAGGGUUAUAACAAGGCUUUGGACUGGUGGGCUCUGGGCAUCCUCAUCUAUGAAAUGGCAGCUGGUUACCCUCCUCCUUCCUGA